CACGCGCCGAGUGAGAUUCUCGUCGCGCCAAUUUUAAAGUGUUUUGGUUCUGGAUGGAGCUCAUUUAAUUUCUUUAUUUCUUUUAUUUUAAAUAUACCAUUAUUCUACAAUGAACACAAAAGGAAAAGGUUUCGGGGACACGACUUUACCCCUCCAAUCCAACAGCAUUGAUGGAGACGCCAUUAAGGUGUACGUCCGUGUGCGUCCUUUGACCCAGGGCACCGGGCUGACGACAGACGGAGAUCGGAAUUUGUGUUUGGCGGUGACCUCAGAUCACACUGUGCGUCUGAACUCCAAGCCCGAGCCACGAAACUUCACUUACGAUCAUGUGGCGGACAUGGACACGUCUCAGGAAUCUGUGUUUUCGUGUGUGGCUAAAAAUAUUGUGGAGUCAUGCAUGAAUGGAUAUAAUGGAACCAUAUUCGCAUAUGGACAGACGGGUUCAGGGAAGACCUUCACCAUGCUGGGACCGAACGAGCUGACAGACUUCUCUGAUGAGCUGCGUGGUGUUAUUCCUCGUAGCUUUGAGUAUUUAUUCUUUCUUAUCAGCAGAGAGGUGGAAAAGUCUGCAGGAGCAAAGAGCUUCCUGUGUAAAUGUUCCUUCAUUGAGAUCUACAACGAGCAGAUCUUUGACCUCCUGGACAGUGCCUCAGCUAGUCUGUUUCUCAGAGAGGACAUUAAGAAAGGAGUGUUUGUGGAAGGAGCGGUGGAGAAAUAUGCAGCUUCAGCCGCAGAGGCUUACCAGGUGUUAUCUAUGGGAUGGCGUAACCGGCGUGUAGCAUCCACCUCGAUGAAUCGCGAGUCGUCUCGCUCUCAUGCUGUUUUCACCAUGACGCUGGAGUCCAAGGAGACAGGACAAGGAGUGGUGAACAUAAGAACAUCUCAACUCAAUCUGGUGGAUCUGGCAGGGUCCGAGAGGCAGAAAGACACACACGCAGAAGGAUCGCGUCUGAAGGAGGCGAGCAGCAUCAACCGCUCUCUGAUGUGUCUGGGUCAGGUGAUCAUGGCUCUGGUGGACGUGUCCAAUGGAAGAAGUCGGCAUGUCUGUUACCGGGACUCCAAACUCACCUUCCUGCUCAGGGAUUCUCUUGGAGGCAAUGCUAAGACGUACAUCAUUGCUAACGUCCACCCAGGAUCCAAAUGUUUUGGAGAGUCUCUGUCCACGCUGCAGUUUGCCCAGAGAGCCAAGCUCAUCAAAAACAAGGCAAUGAUAAAUGAGGACACUCAGGGAAAUGUGAAGCAGCUCCAGGCUGAAGUGAAGAAGCUGAAGGAGCAGUUAGCUCUUGCUGUGUCCACUCGUCAUAACGUCACUGAGUCUGCACCCGGGGGGCCACAGUUACAUACUGUGCCAUCUGAAGUUGAUGAUCCAUAUAAGAUUCGCUUCCUGCAGGCUGUACGACUGUGGAAGAGACGAGAAGAUGAGAAGAAGGUUCUGCAGGAGAAAGUUUCUCGUCUGGAAGAGGCCUGGGCCCAGAAGGAAAAAUUCAUUCAGUCCAAUAGGAUGAUCUUGAAAUUUCGAGAUGAUCGCAUCGCCCAUCUGAAGAAAGAGCUGGAGACGGGAGAGCGAGUAGAACCGGCACGGCAGGAUCAGAUUCUCAUCGAUCAGCUGCUACAGGAGAUUCGCGUGCUCAGAGAACAGGUGGAACAUAAUCCUCGAGUAAUGUGGUACGCAGCAGAGAACUGCAGCCUAAAGGCAGAAGUGCAUGCCCUGAGAGCUCUGGAGUCGGUAAAGAAUGCUCAGGAGGAUGCGUCCCAAUCUGGAGCUGAGCUUGAAAAAGCCUUUCAGGAAGUGUUAAAGCCAGAGGAGAGUGUGGAGGCAAUGGGCGCUUCCGCAACUGGCUCCACCCCAGUUACCAUGGAAACGCUGUCAUCUGUUUCCAUGGAGAGUUUGAAGGCCCAGUUGUUACAGAAGCAGUCAGAGCUUGCUGCCAAGGUGCAGGCGUUCGAUGAUUACAAACAAAUCAGCAAAAAGCAGCUGAUCGAGCUGGAGUCUGAGAAACGUUACCUGGAAAAGUCCAACAAGCACCUGGAAAACAUUCUAGAAGCCACUAAAGCUCACACCAAGCAGGAAGUGUCACAGCUGAAUAAGAUCCAUGCUGAAACGAUUAAGAUUCUGACCACGCCGACUAAAGCAUAUAACUUGAGGAACCGUUUGGUGCCACUGUCCAGCCCAGAGCAUCUAAACGGCUACGGGUGCGACUCAGAGCUGGAUGAUAUUGAGAAUGAGCAGCCCCCUCCUGCCAUGAGUGAGCUUGCCUGCGAGGCUCUCACUGAAGAACUGAAACAAAUGCAGGAGCAGAUGACCCGUCUGAAGAGCCAGUUGGACGAGGAGGAAGCUCAAAACAGGAAGCUGCUUCAGAAAAUCAGCAAGCUUGAUGAGCAAGUUACUAUGGCAACAGAGCAGUCCACUCGCAGAGCAGAGGACUUUAAUGCAGAGAGGAGUUCUCUAAUAGAGGAGCAGAAAAACCUGCAGGAGAGUCUGAGUGAUGUGCAACAGAAGCUCACUGAAGAGAGAGCAGUAGCAGAGGUGUUGCGGAGUGAAGUGCGUGACCUGCGUGUGGUGCUGCAGUCUUCAGAUAAACAGCUGGAGGAUGUUCGGAGGGAGCAGGAGAGAGAAAACACACAGCUGUCUAACAGCUUGAUCAACACACAACUGCAGCUGGACAAAGUUAGGUUGGAGUGGGAGGAGCUUCAGGAGCAGCAGCGUGUGUUACAGGACGCGUUCGACACGCUGCAGGCUGAGUUUAAGUUUGAAGUGGAUCAGUAUCACCAACAGCUGGAGGAGAAAACAGGAGAAAACACCAAACAGCAAACACACAUUACAGAAUUGAUGAACACUCUCCAAAGUGAGCGAGAGCUGACCAGUGGUCUGAGGUCACAGCUGAAAGCAGACAGGGAGAACAUCUCCAAAGAGCUGCUGCAGGCUGUGGAGGAGAACUCGCUGCUCAAAAAACACAUCCUGGAGCUCACUGCUCAAAACCAACAGCAGGCUGAGAACAUUAAGUCUUUGGAGCAGUGUGUAAACAGUGCAAAUGCAUCAAUCUCCUGCCUGGAGCAGAAAACGGAGCAAGAUAAAGCAGUGGUGUUGGACCUGAUGAAGCAGACACAUGAGCUGCGCUCUGAGCUCGGACAGAAGGAUCAGAGUCUCUCCCUGAUGAGCGCCGACCUCAGUGACAUCACAGUAAAAUAUUGCACUGCCUGCACAGAGAAAGAGGACAUGACCAAAGUGGUCACUUGCAUGCAGGCAGAAAUCCAAGAGCUCAGAGAGGCUUCAGAGCGACGCCUGGCCUCCGACCGUGUUGAGUUGGAGCUGCUGCAGGAGGAUAUUGCAUAUGUCACUGAGGAAAUGGAGAAGGUCAGUAUUGCAUUGGAGGACAAAACGGCAGAGCUGCAGAGAGCUGAGGGGCUUAAUGCUGAGAAGGACACGACCAUCAGCAGGCUGCAGGAACAGAUAAAGCAGCAGGAGGAGCAGCUCAGUGUGAGGACUGUAAACAGUGGUCAUGCUUUUGCUACACCUAAAAUGAACCCACAGACACCUCACACUCCACGCAGCUUCAACACAGAGUUGUCUCAGCUGUUGGAGAAUCAGGAGAAGGAGCUGGAGAGCCGGCGAUCAUCCAUGAUGACAAUGGAGGUGCUGUUGGCUGAACUCAAUGCCGAGCGCACAGCCAAGAAUGACGAGAUCCAGAGACUAAAGGCUCAGCUCAAUGAAAAGGAGAAUAUGCGUUUGGAGAUCCAGACCCUACUGGAACAGUUCUAUAACACACAGAACCAACAACCUGAAAACAGUAAAAGCACAAUAAAUCUGAAGGAUGUGAUCCACCAGUCUGUACUGCAAGAGCUUCGUGAGGAGAGGAGUGCAAAGAAUACCCUGAUGAUGCAGCUGGCUGAAACUCAGAAGAGUCUACAGCACCAGGAGGUCACUCUGGCCCAAUCUCAGACAUGCGUUCAGGAACUGACCUCUGAACUCAGAAACCGCUGUCUGGAGCUGCGAGACCUUAGUGAGAAAGACAACCAGCUUCUGCAGGAAGUGGAGGUGUUGAGGAAGCAGGUGGAUCACCUGGCCGAGGAGAACGGCAAACUGCUGGGCCACCAGAACCACAGGCAGAAGAUUGAAUACAUGGUCAAGCUGAAGAAGGAGAUCACCAAACUCCAGGAGGAGAACGAGAAACUCCGGCAGAAGAGCACGUCCUGAACAAUCUUACAAUGUAUACAUCAACAACAUAAAUACAUAUCAUGCUGGACAUCUCAGGAGCUUUCAGACAUGGUGCCUAGGAAUAGACCAGGACAGAAUCACACACCUCUUGAGUGGAUAAUUUGGCAUUAACCCAUGAAAUGUGCUGUUGCAGGAACAUGCCGACUCCGGCCUACACUCAUUAGGUUCACGUUCACUGUAAUUAGUAAUUAUUAAUAUAAAGUGUACAUAAUGUUUAUUUUUCCACACAUGCAGGAGAUUAUUUUUUUGACUUGUAGAGAAACAUAAAUGAUCUGUGAAACAGCUUACUUGUCGCUAUCUGGUUUGCUGGACUCAACAAUGAAACGGCUUAUUUUCCUGAUUCAUAAGAUUUUUAAAAGUGAAAUAUGAAAUAAUCUUUAUAUUUUCUGCGUUUUUUUUUUUUUUUUUAAUAAAACAUGUUCUCAUUUUUCAUCUCACUUUCCUUUUUGUCCUAAAGGUUCUGUAUCGGUGUAGUAUGUUUAAUCUGGUUUGUUUGUGUGAACACUUGUAGAAAUUAUAUGUAGUUCAUAUGUUCAUAUUUUUUUCAUGAUUAUAAAUAAAUAAAAACGUUUAAUGUU